UCCAUCAGCCACGCAGCUCAUAGCAGGACCACUUCCAUUCACCGUGAACCACGCCCGGGGAGACUGUGACCCCCACCUCCAAGUGUCCAAACUCCUGUUAUGGAAGGAGGGAUGGACUGUGAAGAGGAGUUUUAGAUUAUAGUUUGGCGAGAUGAAGUUUGGGAAGAGUAUCUGCGUGCUCAACGUAGGGGGAACCCGGUACGCCUUUACCCGCGAGGUGAUCAGGGAUUUCCCUCUCCGGCGCGUCAGUCGCCUGCAUGCCUGUGCCAGCGAGAAAGAGGUCCUGGAACUGUGCGACGACUACGACCGGGACCGGAAUGAAUUCUUCUUCGACCGCCACGCGCAGGCUUUCGUGUUCAUUAUGCUGUAUGUGCGCUCUGGUAAACUCCGGUUUGUCCCUGGAGUGUGUGAACUCUCCUUCUACACAGAGAUGCUCUACUGGGGACUGGAGAGCGCGCACUUGGACUCCUGCUGCCAGAAACGCCUGGAUGACAGGAUGUCCGAGAUCGGACUGGACACUUUGUCCGAGGGGGAGAUCGGAGUGUCCGGGGAUGAUUCCCAGAGCCAGAGUGACUCAGUGCAGCGCAGUGCGCUCACAGGUCGCGCUAAAUGGAUGGAGAAAAUGCGCAAGACAUUUGAGGAGCCAAACUCUUCAAUUGUGGCGCAGCUUUUGGCUUCUGUGUCCGUGAUCUUUGUGAUUAUUUCUAUGAUAAUGUUGUGCGCCAGCACCCUGCCGGACUGGGACACAGCCAAGAGAAACACUGUGGAGGAGCACAGGAUCGUGGAGGCAGUGUGCAUUGGCUGGUUCACAGCAGAGUGCAUAGUGCGCUUUCUGGUAGCCAGAGACAAGUGGGACUUCCUCCGCCAUCCACUAAACAUCAUCGAUGUGAUCGCCAUUACCCCCUACUAUGUUACCAUGGCAAUGGCCCGGGCAGGGAUGCCCGGUGCUGGGCUGGGGGUUGCUGGGGUGAUACUGCGUGUGCUGAGGAUGAUGCGCGUGUUCUGGCUCAUGAAGCUGGCCAGACACUUCCUGGGCCUGCAGACACUGGGGCUCACGCUCAGGCGCUGCUACAGGGAGAUGGUCAUGUUAAUGGUGUUUGUCUGCGUUGCCAUGGCAAUAUACAGUGCUCUGGCCCAGCUGCUGGAGCACGGCUUGGACUUGGGCACGCAGAACCCUGAUUACGCCAGCAUCCCGGCCGCCGCCUGGUGGGUCAUCAUCUCCAUGACGACAGUGGGAUACGGAGACGUGUACCCUGUGACAGUUGGAGGACGAGUGCUUGGGGGAAUGUGUGUGGUGAGUGGCAUUGUGCUCUUGGCACUGCCCAUCACAUUCAUCUACCACAGUUUUGUGCAGUGCUACCAUGAACUCAAAUUCCGUUCUGCCAGAUGUGCACGCAGCCUGUCCACAGAGAUUCUACAGCAAUAAAAUAACAUCGACGCCCAUCACCCGUGGCUCUGCCGUCAUCAGAGAGAAACUUAACAAACCAGUAAAUCUGCCACGCCUAUUGUGAAUAACGACCAAAUUUGACCCCUGCUCUUGUUUCUCUUGCCUGAGUCCCACGUUUGUUUGGUUUGAUGAGUUCCUGUGUGUUUUCUGUCAGUUGUUAUCGUUAAACUGCACACCUGUCUCCUCAACCACAUGAUUUGAACAGAAGAAUAGGAGCACACAAAUAAUUAUUUAUUAAACACACUGGCACAGUCAGUCCAGUCUUGACAGUGACUACUGUUUACACUGUAUUCCCAUGGUUACCACUCCUGUGUGUGCUGCAGUGAGUGUGUGUGUGUGUUAGUCUGGCCAUCAGCCGUUCACUUUGUCUAAGCUUUGCACCCAGAUGGUACAAGUUACACAAUAUUGAUGUGUGACCUAGAUGCAUUCUGUUAAACCUGGGAAAUAAAAUGAAAGAUUGAGCAUGUGAGUGCAAUGUGGGAAUGGAGAAGGGGGGUGUACACGUGGCUUAUGUUGUCCGAGUAGCUUAAGCCAGUGAAAAUUAAACAUGGACACGGGUCAACAAGGCCUACAAGGUGAGAGACAAACACAUGGACAGCAGAUACAGGCAGAUUGGGUGUGAAAUUGUGUGGUCAAAGAUUGUGGAACAAAAAUGACAGAAUGUGGAACAGGCCUGAGCACAAGCUAAAUAGCAGAAGAAAGUAUUGCGUCUCCAUUAUCAGCAAAUGAAAGGCAUUUUGUAUUUCUUUGUCUCCAAGGCAACCUCAUCCUCCAACAUGUCAAUCAUAAUGGUGGUGGAUUUGUGUGCACACAAAUAGGCCAGAUCCCGUGAUUAUUAUCCUGCUACCCUUCUUGUUGGCAUGCAGCCCUUUUAUCCCGUGAUUAUUAUUGGGAGUAAGCUGUCAUAAAUACCUACCUUAAUAAAAACAGACAGUCACAUGGAGGGGAGGGAAAAAUGAACAGCAUGGGCUGUCACAGGUGAUGGUUCUGACAUUCAUGAUUCAGACAUGUUUGCAAUGCCCUUGGUUUGCCAAGAUGAUGUGAUUUGUUGAAGAGACACAUGAUCCAAACAAACAAGUCAACACCUCUCCCACACAACAGUCUUUCUCUGUAUCUCCUCUCCUCUUCAUCCUGUUACCAUCAACCUUCCGCUUUUAACACACACACACAGGUUGGUGCAGCCACUCUUUUUAGGACACAGCAUUGAUUUCCAUUCAUGAGGACAGCCGAAACAAAGUGUUAUCCCUAACAUUAACCAUUACCUGACCUCAACCAAACCACCAUUCAAAUCUUAGAUUUUAACUUAACCAGUUCCUCAGAAAUUAAGUUCUACCUCAUUAGGACCAGGUGUAUGCUGGCCCAAACAAUUAUAAGAACACACACUCACACAAACAAAAGAAAGACAAACCUUGUCUCUCUGUCCUUAAACUUAAGGUCUGCAUUUGUUAUUUAUUUGUAAACUCUGUGGCCUUGUAUGGGUUAACAGUGUAUUGUAUACAGUACAUAUUACAAUAUCCUUGUUGUGUUGUCGAUGUGUUUUAAGUACAGUUACUGUCAGAAACACGAAAAAUUAUAGAUUCUGAAUUACCUAGACUGCAGUACAUGAUGUUCAACUCAUUUGGUUUUUUUUUCAAAAAGUCUCUCACCCAAUGAAUUUUGGCCAAACCUGACUGAAAAACAUCCAAACCUUUUCAUCAGUAGAUUGUGUUAUUAACUUGAUCAAUGUAUGAGGUUCUGUAAUAAAAUGACUCUGUAAAUGUCUGAAUGUGUUAUCACAGAGUACAAACCAAAUGCUAAUAUGUGUGUUAUAGGACUCAAUUAACUGUUCAAGUGUCUAAAAUAUUUUCUUUUUUCUUUUUCUUUUUUCAAAGAUGUGAUUGAAGCAUAAGGCAUUUUCAGCACAUCAUCAUUCAGAUCAUUCAGUCUUGACAUGGUGACACGUAGUUUACGCGUCCGGACCUUCAGUGUGAGGAACCCCUGAGUCCAUUGGGAAAGGCAUUCAGUGAACACGUUUAAUGGGCUGUACAUCUAGAUAAUAAACACUCAGUAUUACAUUUAACUUAAGAAGAAAGAUAAGAUAGAAAAAAUACACACAUGGUCUCAAAUUGGGGGAAAACACAGCCCCAACACAGUGUUCAUUUGAGACAACUAUGGGGCCAUCUGCAUUUUUUAUUUUUUCUCAAAUCAUGGGUUGGGGUUUUGUUAUGUAUUUAUUGAACACAUUGAAAUGUUCUUAUAAUGAAUUUUACCUUCAUUAUCUCUAUAUGAGAUAACAAUUUGUAGUUUGAAGUGCAUUUUUGUGGGGAUAUUCAUUUCUUUCAAGCAAGAGUAUGCCAUUUAAAAUAAUAAGAUGAAUCUAACCAAAUUCAGGAAAUCACAGUGGAGUGCAAAUUGCAUCACAUCACUCAGAAAUGUUGACAAUGAAAUUAUUAUACGCACUUCAAAAUUGUACUUGAAUACACAGGUGACACCCUCAAUAUUGUAUUUUUCUUUCAGCAUUUAUGGCACAUUCACAAAGCCAAAAACACAUAAAUCAUAUUUUCUAAAUGACACUGGCAGAAAGUGCAGUUCAAAUAUGGGGUUUUAUUCCCACAGAUAGUUUUGGUUUAGUUUGCAAAUUUAGUACACUAAUUAAAUUUACUCAGGCACUUUGCUUUUACAAUUUUUGUUCCUUUCCAUUGGGAAUUUGUAGCACUUUUUAAAAAGAAGAACUAUUCCAAACUUAUAAAAUAUACAAUCUUCUUCUUCUUAAAUUGUAUACCAGCAGUUUUCAACUAUCUUGGUUUAUGAAAUCUAACAGAAAAGCAGCGUUCACUUGAGAACUGUCUCAAGUUCUGAUUGCCUAAAAUAUGUCAGCUGGUCCAACAAAACAAGAUGUCCCUUUUUUAAACAUUGCAGAUAAUACAUUUUUCAGGUAUGUACUGGAUAAUUUUGUGGAUGCAGAUAACAGCACAUUUGUAAACACAAACCAGACCCACAUAUCUAUAGAAUUGUCAAAAUAUUUGGACUUUGGGAUAAAGUGGAGCUUUAAACAUUAAGAAUCCCAAGCUUUUCAUUUUCCUCCAGUAUCUUCACAGUUUCCAUUGGAGUUCCGUGUGACUGUGAAAAAUAAAAAUCUUCUACCACUUGAAGAUUUUUAUUUUUAGAAGCUAUUAUUACAGUAUGUGGUGCUUAACCCACCUGACUUUUA